CCGAACGGGCGAACGAGCCGCGAGACGGGAGGCGCGGGGGCGGAGCGGAUGGCGACCUAGGGUUCGCCGAUUCAAAUCGGCGGCGCGCGGUGGCCAUCCCCCGCCGGAUCCGGGCAUCCGGCGACGGCGACUCGGGCGACGCGUCGACGGAGGGAGCCAGGGAGGCAGGAGAGGAGGAGCGAGCCGGCGUCCGGCAACGGAGGCGCGGCCGCGCGGAGGAGAUCCGGCGGGCGGCGGCGGCGGCGGGUGGGCUGGCUCUCCGGCGGCGCCCUCAGCCGACAGCCUGGCGUAGCAGGAGCAGAGGAGCGACAGGGAAGCAGCCGACACCCAGCACCAAGCCGGUAGGCAAGCAGCAAGAGCCAUGUAACCCUCCACCAAAAAGACAUCAGGUGCUCUGCGUUUGCUCCAGAGCCAUGUGACCCCCCUACCAAAGGAUAUCCUGGCAAGGUGCUUCUCGCGCUGACCAUCGAAACAGCGAGCUUCAUGCCUGCCUAGUACUAGCAGCUAACGAUCUAGCUAGUAAGAUGGCAUCCAUGAUCGCCUCGUCCAAGGUGAUUGCACUUGGUGCACUGAUCUUCCUCCUCCUUGUCUUGUAUGGCUCAUGCACUAGGAUCGUCAACUUCAAUGCCUCCCACAUCACCGCAGACCCCUACUGGGUGGCUGCCAGGGCAACUUGGUAUGGUGCGCCAACCGGCGCUGGCCCCUAUGACAACGGUGGAGCUUGCGGGUUCAAGAACGUGAACCUGCCUCCUUUCUCGGCCAUGACGUCAUGCGGCAACCAGCCCCUGUUCAAGGAUGGCAAGGGCUGCGGCUCGUGCUACCAGAUAAGAUGCCUCAACCACCCUGCAUGCUCCGGCAAUCCGGAGACGGUGGCAAUCACUGACAUGAACUACUACCCAGUCGCCAAGUACCACUUUGACCUCAGCGGCACGGCGUUUGGUGCCUUGGCAAAGCCCGGCCGCAAUGAUGAGCUCCGCCACGCCGGCAUCAUCGACAUCCAGUUCAAGAGGGUGCCCUGCAUCUACCCCGGGCAGAUGGUGACCUUCCACAUCGAGCACGGCUCAAACCCUAACUACUUGGCGGUGCUCGUUGAGUUCGAAGAUGGCGACGGCGAUGUCGUCCAGGUGGACCUCAUGGAGGCCAACUCCGGGUGGUGGACGCCGAUGCGGGAGUCGUGGGGAUCCAUCUGGAGGUUGGACACCAGACGACCGCUCACGGCCCCCUUCUCGCUGCGCAUCACCAACGAGUCUGGCCAGAAGCUGGUGGCUUACCAGGUCAUCCCGGCCAACUGGGCGCCCAACACCUACUACCGCUCCAACAUCCAGUACCAGGCUUUUAGCUCUGAUGAUGGUCUGGAUAUUGGCUCUGCUGCUGGACUGGUUAUUAGCUCUGCUGCUGGACUGGACACGAAAAUUCUCGGCGUUACUGGCUUGAUUUGUUUGGUAUUGUCUCGUUUGCAUGGGACUGAUGUGCCGUAGUUAAUUUGCAGGUGACAAGUGAUAUGUCGGGUGUCCUAUGCGGCUAUGCUGUAGGAGGUGUUGUGUGUCUUCAAAAAUUUGAUGAUGAAAACCAUAACAUUCCUAUGAAUUUCGUUGAUUCCUCUGCA